UAUAUCUCCUGUUCAGUUGAUUUUGCAAUAUUUCACCAUAUUGAAGUGAACAGUGUUAAACUACACAUCUCAUGCAAGUGACAGAACAAAAACUACUAUGAAUUGGAUCAAACCAAGGAAACUUCAACAGAUAAAAUGUUACACCUCCCUUUUGAUCAGAAGGACCUAUGCCUUACAGAAACAACUGCCAGUUUUAACCCUGUUUACAAAGGAUCCUUGUCCACUUUGUGAUGAAGCAAAAGAAGUUCUUGACCCAUUUAAGGAUAGGUUUAUUUUACAAGAGGUAGACAUCACCCUACCGGAGAACAAAGUGUGGUUUGAGAGAUACAAGUAUGACAUUCCCGUCUUUCAUUUAAAUGGGCAGUAUCUGAUGAUGCACAGAGUUCACAUGGACCUUCUUGAGAAGAAACUUGCAAGCAUUGAACAAAGAAAACAUCACAACUGACUUCGAGAAUCUGGGUAUAUUUGUUGGUAUAAGUUGGAGAAAUGUGUUUUUAAUUUCAUGUAACUCAUCGUUCAAGAGUCUUUUUCUCAACUUUUGACAGGGAAAAUGUUUCUUGCAGAGAAAACUAACUUUUGAAAGCUGGACACGACAAUAAAAGUGAUUAAGCACAAUAA